CCAGUUUGUGGACACCUCUGGGAGAGGAAUUGUGUGCAAGCAAAGAGCUAUCCUUGGAUACAAGUUCUGUAUACGACAUAUACUUUUGGACCCAGCAGCUCCGUACAAGCAAUGUGAACAUCACCGAAAACCAAAAAGCAAGAAGGACCUUGCUACUCGGUGUACAAAUGCCAUCAGAAAGGAUAAGGAAGAGAAUUUUUGCAGCACACACUUGAUUAUGAACGGCAUGAAGGAAGCAAAGAAGAAAGAGAAAGGAUCAUCUGCAGUCAACGCCGAUGGUACCGAAAUGAUUGAUCCUGCCGGCGGGACUUAUGCUGUAUCCACUAUUGGCGAUCAGCAUCAACUUGUGCCUCAGUCCGUCGCUGAUAUGACUUCAAAUUCCUCUCCCAUGUUGCAAGAAGCUCUCCAGCCAGCGGCAACAUGUGGAGAAAUACUAGCUGCAUCAACGGUACCGAGCCCACCGCGAGCUGUCACUGUGUGUGCGGUAUCUAGCGUCACAUCUCGACCACCUGGUACGACACAAACCUCCCUCAUACCGGCGCUGACCUCCACACGGCAGUCCCUUCUGCCACCGCCACCAUCAGCAACUACCACUCUUCGACAGUACGUCCAGAGCAACGCACAUCUAACGGGGAGUGCUCUU